GACCGGCGGCGCGGCCAGAAAGACCAGAGGGCGGGCGAGAGCGCGCGUGCGCGGGGAGGUGGGGCGCCGCUGCCGCCGCCGCCGCUGCUGCUGCUCUUGCUCUGAGGCGGGAUGGUGGAGCAGGAGAAGGAGGAGCCGCGGCGGGGGCCGGGCGAGGGCGCCGGCGGGGAGGAGGCCGCCGCGGCGGCGGGAGGGGGGGCGCUGGCCAUCAGCGAGGAGGAGGCGGCGCAGUAUGACCGGCAGAUCCGCCUCUGGGGGCUCGAGGCGCAGAAGCGUCUGCGGGCAUCUCGGGUGCUGCUGGUGGGCAUGAAAGGUCUGGGAGCAGAAGUGGCCAAGAACCUGAUCCUGGCAGGAGUCAAGGGCCUGACCAUGUUGGACCAUCAGCAGGUGUCACCUGAAGAUACCCAAGCACAGUUUCUGAUCCCUGUGGGUUCACUGGGCAAGAACAGGGCAGAAGCUUCACUGGAGCGUGCCCAGGACCUCAACCCAAUGGUUGAUGUGAAAGCAGACCCUGGAAACGUUGAGCAGAAGACCGAAGAAUUCUUCACCUGCUUUGAUGUGGUCUGCCUGACAUGCUGCUCUCGGGAGGUCCUUGUGAAGAUUGAUCAAAUAUGCCACAAAAACGGCAUCCGAUUCUUCAUGGGUGACGUAUUUGGUUGCCACGGCUACAUGUUUGCCAAUCUGGGCGAACACGAAUUUGUGGAAGAGAAAAUGAAAGUUGCCAAAGCCAGCCGGGGUGUGGAGGAUGGGCCUGACACAAAGAAGGCCAAGCUAGAUGUCACAGAGACCACCCUGGUGAAGAAGCGUGUGUCUUUCUGCCUGCUGAAGGAGGCCUUGUCUGUCGGCUGGAGCAGUGAGAAGGCCGCGGCUGCCCUCAAGCGCACCACCCCAGAUUACUUCCUGCUCCAAGUGCUCCUGAAAUUCCGGACGGAAAAGGGCCGAGACCCUUCCCCCCAGAGCUCUGCAGAGGACACAGAGGCGCUGCUGCAGAUGCGUGCUGAAGUGCUCGACACUCUGGGUGUUGGGGCUGACCUGCUGCCCGCUGAUUUUGCCAGCUGCUUCUCAGAAAUGGCUCCCGUCUGUGCCGUGGUUGGAGGAGUGCUGGGCCAGGAGGUGGUGAAGGCCCUGUCUCAGCGGGAUCCUCCCCUCAACAACUUCUUCUUCUUUGAUGGCAUGAAGGGCAACGGGGUUGUGGAGUGUCUGGCCCCCAGCUGAGCCUGGCUGUGACCCCCGAGCAACCCCAUGGCCUGCCGAGGCUUGGGUGUAGGGCCGGGCUACCUUGUGGAGGCUGCACAGGGAGCCUUCUCCAAUAAACUUGUUUCUCUUUGUAA